AUGGUUGUGAGCGGCCAUCAAAUUGAAGAGGGUCCUAUGAUAAAGGCUUCUGAUCUAGCGAUUCAGGUACGCGACACAUAUAUGUCAGAUGCAUCUCGAGAACGACUGGGAAUAGCGCUAUCAGACUCCGUGCUAAACCUUUCUCUUGACAUGCGAUCGCCUUUUGCAGCUUUUCUACAUUCCAUACAACUGGUCAAUAAUUUAGCAGCUAUUUUCGACUUCCGAUUACCCUACCUGGUAAGUAACCUAACCCUUUCCUAG